AACAGGACUGACAGGAUUAAAGGGAUUAAUUGGAUUGGCAGGCUCAUCGGGCUGGCAGUUGGAGUACUCCUUGUAGUCGCAGCGUGCUUCUCCGAAUUUUCCUGUAUCUAUUUUGUUGUGGAAUCUCCAUGGCGCAGGCUGUAUUAAGGCUGCCUUAUCCCAACGACUGUCAUCGGUAUUACGAAAAGUCCUUGAUGAGCUGUCCCCCGAAUUUUCACUGGAAUGACCUACUCAAGCGAUGUGAAAUACAAACGCUCGGUGGCUGUGUUUUCAACGAUACUCAAUGGGAUUCUACAUCUCCCCCAGUCACCGAAGCUGUCAACUUACCCGCCAUUUGUGACAAAAAGCUCGGCCAGUUGAUACCAUACCCAGGUGACUGCACCCGCUUUAUUCACUGCGAUUACCUGCCUUUCGUGAAGACAUGUCCGCAAUAUCUGUUCUGGAACUCUCUCCUACUCACCUGUGACAAGAUUUGCGUUUAG